UUAACGUCGCGCGCACACCUGCUGCGUCGCGAGGGACCGGAUAAGCACACGCCGCGUCUCCAUGGAGACGGUGCUCAUGUGUACGCAGCCAGGCGGCUAAGUUGUUUAUGAAACUGUGCAGCUAGGUUGUUUGCGAAGCUAGCUGGCUAGGUAGUGAAUGAAGCUUGGUGGCUACUCGUUAACAUCAGAAGCCCAUGGUGUCCGAGGCGCCACGGUAACCUAGCAACACAAUUGAUUGGAAGAGGAUGAAGACAGAGAAGAGAGAGCACGAAGAACCCGGCAGUGUGUUGCUACGGGGAAUCUUCAAACUGGGGAAGAUCAGUCAUGAUGUCCUGCUCACCUCCACCUCCGUAUCCUGGACCCCUAUCACCCCUGACAACCCUACAGGCUACAGGUUAGUAACCAUGGCAGCCAUCAGCCCUGACAACCCCACAGGGGAACAGGGGUCUGAGCGGGGGUCACACAGGGUGUGGUUGAGGGAUGUGUUUGCGGUAAAGGUGAAGAGGCGUCGUGCUGCGGGCCAGCAGACUGGGGGCGCUGUGCUGGGCCUCUGUCUGUUCUGCAGCCACAGGACAGGAAACACCCUGCAGGAGGUCAGGACCCACCUCCUCAACACCUCCCUCAGCCUCUGUCACACCUGGGUAACCCAACUGACCCAGCUGCUGACAGUGCUCCCCAGGCCCAAACAGCUGAAGGUGUUCAUUAACCCAGGAAGCCAUAAGAAGCAGUCAGUCCUCAUCUACAGAGAACACAUCGCUCCCCUCUUCAGGAUGGCAGACAUACACACGGACAUCACCAUUACUGAAAGGAAAGGACACAUUCUGAUGGUAGUGAAGGAAUGCAGUCUCACACAAUACGACGGUGUGGUGUGUGUAGGGGGUGAUGGUACUGUAGCAGAGCUGGCCCAUGCCCUGGUUCUGAGGGCACAGCUAGAGUCCCAGAGGGACCCAGACUGUGAUCUCAACCCAGUCCAGGCUACUCUUCCCCUGGGAAUCAUCCCUGCUGGUUCCACAGACAUUAUUUCAUGUUCUGUCCAUGGAGUUAGACAUCCUAUCACAGCUGCUCUCCACAUCAUCCUGGGUCACCUCCAACAGGUAGACAUGUGUAGUUUCUCCUCUCUGGGCCGCUUGUUGACGUUUGGCUUCUCCGCCAUGUUUGGGUUUGGUGGGCGAAGCUUAGCGCUGGCGGAGAGGAACAGGUGGAUGCCUCCGUCACAGAGACGAGACUACGCCCUGGCCAAGACAGUUGCCUCACUAAGACCAGAGGAAUGUCACCUGUCUUUUCUUCCUGUAAAUCAAAAGCACAAGUCAGGAAAACGGAGGAGCAAGGAGCAAGACGCAGCGACAGGAUUGUCCUGGGAGACGAAGCCAGGAGUCUACCUGAGCAUCAGCAUCAUGUCCAUCCCCAGUCUGACUCCCCACGCCCCUCGAGGGCUGGCCCCAAACACCAGAUUGACCAAUGGCAGCGCCGAGCUCAUCACAGUGGGAAAUGCUUCGAGGUCAGAGUUCAUCAGACAUCUGAAGAGAUACAGCUGCCCAGAUGAACAGAGCUCUCUGUCUUUCGUUGAGACACGUUCAGUCACAGCUGUGAAGCUCCGCCCCUAUGGAUUGGUUGGCUCUCCUGGAAAAGGGGAGAAGGAGGAGGCAACAUCAGGGGACGAUUCAGAAGGCUCAUUCCCCUGGAAUAUAGACGGAGAGCUUGUGGAGAUGGCCCAUGAAGUAGUGGUCAGGUUCUCUGUGUUCAGGGUUCAUUCCAGACUCAUCUCUCUGUAUGGAGAGGACGUGGAGAAGGUCGACUCUCCUGUGAUGUCCUGCAGCUGCAUUUGAUCUACCAGAGACAGCUAGCACGCUGCUAGCCAAGAACUAGCACACCGCUAGCCAACAGAUAACAGCCGCUAGCCAACAGCACGGUCCGCUAGCUGGCAGCAAUCUUAGGGCAAACUGCUAGCCACAUAAACACACUGAAUGCAUGCUUAACCCCAACCACUAGCUAGCACACACGCACACACACACACACACACACACACACACACACACACACACACACACACACACACACACACACACACACACACACACACACACACACACACACACAA